GAUGAUCAGUUUUGAUUGAUAGAGUUUUACUAUUAUUAUUGGAUACAACAUUCACAUAUAUAUAUAUAUAUACCUUUAUUCUUAUUGUUACUUUCAUUCGCUUCCUUACUUCCUCUCCUUAGAUCACUAUUGUGAUGAAAACUCGAACAAGGAUCAUAGCUGGUCUAGCCGCCCUUCUGGCAUUAUCUCUCUUUGGGAUAUUAGCUAUAUACCGACAUCAAAUUCGUCAAUCCAUUCAAACGAUAGCUGUUGAAAUGCGUACAACUCCGUUUAGUUGGAUACUCGUGGUGGCUUUAUUGAGUAUUACAUCUAUUCCUCCUAUGAUUGGGUUUACUUUUACUGCCACUCUCACUGGAUUUAUCUAUGGGGUUCCUUUUGGAUUUCCUAUCGCCAUUAUCGGUGCAUUUAUCGGGUCUAUGAUUUGCUUUCAUUUGAUUCGUCAAUACAAUUUUGCAAGAUUUGUACGAUUAUCUCCAUCUCGACAAGAUAAAUAUCAUGCUAUUCAAGAAGCCAUUGAACAAGGAGGAUUACGUAUUAUGUUAUUGAUUCGACUUAGUCCUAUUCCUUGGCCUAUUACCAAUAUGCUAUUAUCAUUACUCCCAACAGUGACAACACGACAAUACACAAUGACGGCCUUUUUAUCAUCUUUCAAAUUAUGUCUUGAAGUUUGGAUAGGAUCGCAGCUGGCUGAUAUUUCCAAUCCUGACUUACCUCCUUCUGCACAUAGAGUGGCAGUUUUUACUAUGCUUGGUAGUGUAAUGAUCCUUGUAGUUGUGGCUUGGUGGCUUUAUCGUUUAUCCAUGCAAAAAGUUAAAUCAAUCGCUGAACGCAAGAAGCAAGAUUCACCUUCGUAUAUCCAUCAUCAUCACCAAGAAUCUAUGGAGUCUUCUUAUAUUUUGGAAGAUGAAGAGAAAUCUGUAGCUACUUUGGCUUUACCCAUCACUCGAAAUACAUUAUCAAUGAAGAUGAAAUGAGAAUUAUGAAAUCAAGAUGAUACUUAUAGAUCAUAUAAUAUUCCCCUCCUUUUUUAAUAAUUUAGAUUUUUAUGAUAAUAUGUAUAUUGAUUUAUUUUUACAUUGUUUUUACUAAUCAAUAGAUGACAAAUAAAAAAAUUCUAAGAAUUUAAGAUAC